CUGAUUUAGUUCCAAAAAUAGAACAUAAAGAAUAACACAAUGGAUAAACAGGUGCUCGACGACAUUCAGGAUAUCAUGAAAAUUAAUAGAUCCAAUUUUCAACGACUUCAAGAUCUGAAUGAAUGUGGACGGAGAGCAGAAUGUCAGUGUGCAGAUGUAAUCGAUCGAUUGACUGCAGUUGCGUCUGAUUUAAAUGAGCGCCUUACAGAACUACACCUGCGCGAGAGCGAGGUUGAUACGGAACAAAAUGAUAUCGUUCAAAGAUUUUCCUACAUUGAGACUCAAUUAGAUGAACUUCGACAAAAAGUGCACACCACGAAAGAUAUAAGUUGCAAUACGGUUUUCGCACACAAUUCUAAAGACGGCACUUAUCGUGACGUGUCAUCAAAAGAUUCAAGUGUUCCAAAACAUGGUAGUAGCAACGUCCAUACAACAACAACACGAAGUGUAGUUAGACAAACUCAUAAGUAUUUCCUUAGCGGCAAUGAAAAAACAUGGGACACAUUGGCUCAGAAAACAUUAGACAGAGCUAGGCAGAUUACAGGUCAGUUAGAGUGCGUCGCCACGGUUUUAUGUCUGGACAUAUCAGAAAGCAUGGCGUCAGGGAAUGCAUGGAAUCAGGCUAUGGAAUUUGUCAACGACUUUUUAUCAGGUCUAGAAGAGUAUAAAAUCCACAACGAAGACCGUAUACGAGAAUUUGUUGCGCUUGUAACAUUUGGUCAUGAGACGAAAUUACAACAGUGCCUGACCAAUAGGUUCGACGAUGUUAAAAAGCAAUUAGAACAAAUGCCUUUGGGUGGCCCAAGUCCUCUUCUGGGAGGUCUUAUGUGUGCUAAAGCUGGAGCGUUGUCUGGUAAAAACGGACCAUCUGUCAACGGCUUAAUCAUAAUUCAAAAAAUAAUCGUGGUCACAGACGGUCGCCCCACUGAAACAUUGUUACAUGCAGGACCGGAUGCUGAAGACGAAACAAAACAUGAACAGACACUAACCUAUUUGGCAGAGGCGAUUGAUGAAAUUGAUAAAAAAGACAUAGACGUAUCGUUUAUUGGUGUUGGAAAUUACGACAAGAACUUUAUAAACAUAAUGGCGAGUCUUAGUGGUGAACUAAAAUCAUUCACAUACAAAGAUGGACGCAGACUUGCUCGGCGUGGAUAUCUUGCAGCAAAUUUACUGUUUCAAGACCUGUCUUUGAACGUUACUUUGAAUACCGCCAUGACAAAGGAGGACGAGGAGGAUAUACAAGCCCUGCGCGACCGGACGGAAAGAUUCAUGGAACGAGACUUUGGCAGUAAGUUUUAUAAGGAAAUCAAAGGCUCGGAAAUUCCAAUUCUUGGCUCCCGCGUGCGUAGGGGACCUGACUGGAACAGAGGGAAUCUGGAUGGCAAUAGACCCGGAACUGUUAUAGGACAUAUUGAAUCAGAUCAAAUAUUAGUUCUUUGGGAUUUUAAUGACUGGAAGAUGGUAUGCAGAUACGGAGAUGCUGGAUUUGACGUUAAAGUUGUCAACGAACCUAGAAUUUUAGAUGAAGGAGAAAACUUUGCGAUUGGAUGUAGAGUGAAACCAAAAUCUGAUAUGUCUGUGGAGCAUAACCUUUCCGAAACUGGCGUUGUUCUUCAAGUGGCUGACAAUAAAGCUCGAGUACGAUGGAAUGACGGGACCAUAAGAGAUUAUGAAUAUGGAAUCGAACGCAAAAUAGCGAUAGAACUCUGUUGAGUUUAUUAUUUUGUCAGCGUCUUUGGUUGUGAUUCGUCGCCAUCAGCAACAUAAAAACAUUAUUAGUCUUACCAUUUUUUUUAAGUCUUAUCUAUUUGACCGAUGGUAAUUUGUCAGUACAUUGGAUACGACUGAUCACUCUUUCAAUCCAAUGAAAGAUAAAGCCUAUUUCCAUAGACUUACUUUUCUUUUUUAGUAGAAAAAGCAGCAACAUUUUUGGUACGUUUUAUUUGAAACUACUUUAAAAUAUGAAAGUUUGGAGUGAUUUAUUGAGGAACUGUGCUUGUGUGGAAAUUACAUUUCCGUCAACAUUUUUUCUGAAGAUAUCAGAAUUUGGGCUAAUCGCACCUGCAUAAAAUUACAUUAAACAUAUUUUUUUAUAGAAAUGUUCGAAAAUAAAAUAUCGUACUUUAAAUUGAUACCAUACUGUAUUAUCUUAAAUAAAGUAAUUGUAAGGAA